AUGUCCAUAGCUCGCCGCAGUAACUUAGAACGUCGCCGUGCAAGAGACCUAUGCCGGGAAACAUUUUCAAAGCAUAUAUAUCAGAAGCUUGGCAUUGAGGUACACCCUUCCGACGUGAGGACAAAUCCAAAAAGAAAAGAUCCAUAUUCUUGGAGAGUGCUUUGCGGCAAAGAAGAAUUUUUCUCACAAAUCUUCUCUAAAAACUUAAGCGAGCAUUCAAUUGGCACCUACAGACUGCUCAUAGAUGAAGUUGGUAAGACAUUUGAAGCUGUGAUAAAUACAAACGCAUCUGACUGCUUAAGCGCAUUGACUCCGCUUUCAACCCCUGAAAGCAGUUUUACUGCGCUUAUUGAUCACCUGAAGCUCAAUAAUGAUGAUCUAGCAUUUCAACUUCAUCAGGCAACAGCUGAAUUAGACAUGGAAUCCAAACGUCGACAGCUGGCAGAGGAGGAUAACCAGCGGUUAAAAGAUCGUCAAAGAUGGCUUGAGGAGCAACUACAAGAGAGUCAAAAUCUGGUAUUGCAUUUUCAGGGAAUAGUCUCUAGUUUAUUUGCUGUGGCUGAUACGGCGUUGCCUGCAUUGGAAGAAAUUCGGCAACGUGCAUGUGUAACCGAGUAA